AUGUCGCGCUCAAUAGCAGCUCCGCAACCGCUCUUACGAUCUCUUCUGCAAAUCCGCCCUCGGACACAACAAUGCCGUCGCUUUCUCUCGACAUCCCCCUCCACUUCGACAUCCUCCCCGCGACGACCCACAGCAGUGCUUUCGCACCCUCAGCAACAAUGUACAACUAACGCCCGACCCCUCGAGCAGCGACGUUAUAAGGCGAAGACAGUAGAGGAGGCGCGUAGUAGAUAUCGGACGGGGCCAUUCUCGUGGAAGGCAGGCUUGCUCUUCGUGCUCACGAGCGCCGGGCUCGUAUGGUACUUCGAGUAUGAGAAGCAGCGCAUGCAGCGCAAGCGUGUGGCCGAGGCUACCAAGGGUGUCGGGCGGCCGAAGGUUGGAGGGGAUUUCGAUCUAAUCGAUCAGGAUGGGAAACCAUUCUCAAGUAGGGAUUUAAAGGGCCGACAUUCUCUGGUCUACUUCGGAUUCACCCACUGUCCAGACAUCUGCCCGGAGGAACUCGACAAGAUGGCGCGGAUGUUCGACCUAGUCGAGGAGCAGUCGCCCGGAGCUAUGACGCCUGUGUUCGUGACAUGCGACCCGGCGCGUGACGACCCUAAAGUGCUCAAGUCGUAUCUAGCCGAGUUCCACCCGCGGUUUGUAGGGUUGACUGGCACAUACGAACAGAUCAAGGACAUGUGCAAAGCAUACCGUGUCUACUUUAGCACGCCGCGAGACGUCAAACCUGGUCAGGAUUAUUUGGUCGAUCACAGCAUUUACUUUUACCUGAUGGACCCCGAGGGCGACUUCGUAGAGGCACUAGGACGUCAGCAUAGCCCCGAGCAGGCGGCGAAGGUUAUAUUAGAUCAUAUAAAGGAUUGGAAGAAAUAG